GGUGAAUUUUUGAAGCCGCCAUUUGUAAACUUCAUUCAUGCUGUGUCACAAAACAACGAACAAAUCUUACUGUCAACUGUCAACCAAGGGCCUACUCUGCACCAAACGGAACACCGGGUCUAAAACGUCGUCGUUGAGAUUUUUACCUAGAGUAAGGAAUCCACCAGCUUUGACAACUGAAAAUGUUCCUCACAAGGUCUGAGUACGACAGAGGUGUCAACACUUUCUCUCCAGAAGGAAGGCUGUUUCAAGUUGAAUAUGCUAUUGAAGCUAUUAAGCUCGGGUCUACUGCCAUUGGCAUUCAGACGAGUGAGGGUGUAGUGCUUGCUGUUGAGAAGAGAGUUACCUCACCUCUCAUCGAGGCAGCUAGUAUUGAGAAGAUCAUGGAAGUAGACAAGCACAUAGCUUGUGCAAUGAGUGGCCUGAUUGCAGACUCAAAGACACUCAUUGACAGAGCCAGGGUUGAGGCACAGAACCACUGGUUUACCUACAAUGAGAAGAUGAACAUCGAGAGUGUGACCCAGGCUGUGUCUAACCUGGCUUUGCAGUUUGGUGAUGAUGACAGAGAUCCUGGUGCUAUGAGUCGACCAUUUGGAGUUGCGUUACUGUUUGCUGGUGUAGAUGAAAAAGGUCCCAGACUUUUUCACAUGGACCCUUCAGGCACAUUCAUUCAGUAUGAUGGCAAAGCCAUUGGCUCUGGCUCAGAAGGGGCACAGCAAGCACUGCAGGAGGUUUAUCACAAGUCUAUGACCUUGAAGGAGGCGUGCCGCUCAGCACUGACCAUACUGAAACAAGUGAUGGAAGAGAAGUUGAACUCCACUAACGUAGAGAUGUGUACUGUCACUCCUGGGAGCCUGUUUCGCAUGUUUACAAAGGAUGAACUGGAGAAUAUCAUCAAGGACCUAUGACUUGCUUAUCACUGCAUAUUAUUUUCUUUUUUUCGUUCUCUCUCUCUCUCUGAGUGGACUUUGAAUUGUAUGUGUUGGAAGACUGAUUCAAGAUGUGUUGGGGCUAUUUGCCUCUGUCUUUGUUGGCUGGGUGUUGUUAUAAGAAUGAAUGUUACUAGACGCUUUGUUGAAGUACUGAUUCCUUACAUAUUUGAACAUCAGGAUCCCUUUAUUUCAUCACUGAUAUCAGGAUAACACUUGCUUAUCAUAAUAAUGAAGGUUUUCAAUGUAGAUUCAGCUGGGUUUUGGGAUGGGGGGGGGGGGGGGGGGGGGGGGGGGGGUGAUGAGAGUUUGAUUGUAGAUUUGUAUUGUAUGCUCUGGUAUAUCUGCUGUCAAAUCUCAAGGCCAUUGUGGUUUUGAAAGAAAAAUUCAGAGUUUA